AUGUUGCCCGAUAGCGAAUAUGCUAGUCACAAGCUAUUAGUCGCAAACAGAGGAGAGAUCGCUGUUCGAAUCAUUCGAACCGCUCAACGACUGGGUAUAGCAACAGUAGCCAUUUACACCUCGUCAGACGCCCUCUCCCCUCACGUUGCCAUCGCAGACGAAGCCGCUCAUUUGCAGAAUCGCGCCAGCGACCAACAGCAACAAGCAUCAGAAUCGAAGCUCUAUCUAUCGAGCGCUAUCAUUAUCUCGAUAUGCAAGCAGUAUCGCGUUACCAUGGUUCAUCCAGGUUAUGGAUUCCUCUCGGAGAAUGAAGAAUUUGCUCUUUCUGUAGAGGCAGCCGGGAUGAUUUGGCUCGGUCCUCAACCAGACGUUAUUCGGAUUAUGGGUCUGAAACACGAAGCCCGGCGUAUUGCUUUGAAUGCUGGCUUGCGACUCGUUCCAGGCUCCCAAGGACUUGUAAAUACUCUCGAUGAGGCCCUAAACAUAGCAAAUACAAUUGGUUUUCCUGUGAUUCUGAAAGCGACAGCAGGGGGAGGCGGCAUGGGCCUUCUUGUUUGUCAACAUGGCGAUGACCUCUACAAGAGCUUUAUCAGCGCUCAAGAAAGGGCAACUUCACUGUUUCGUAAUGGAGGAGUUUUUAUCGAACGAUACUACCCUGCAGCACGCCAUAUCGAAAUACAGGUGUUCGGUAAUGGACUGGGCGACGUGGUACAUAUGGGGGAGAGGGAAUGCAGUGUUCAAAGGAGACAUCAGAAGGUUGUGGAAGAGACCCCGAGUCCAUUCGUCGCAGGUCAUUCAGGUCUUCGCGAAGAUAUGUGUGAUGCAGCCGUGAAGCUGUGCAGAGCUAUCAAAUAUGCAUCUGCAGGUACCGUAGAAUUCUUGGUGGACGAUGAGUCGGGAGAGUUUUUCUUUCUUGAAAUGAAUACACGUAUCCAGGUCGAGCAUGCCAUCACAGAGGCUAUACAUCCUGGUCUGGACCUCGUAGAAAUGAUGAUAGCACAAGGAAUCGCGCAGCGGUCCGAAGCGAGAGGUCUUGAUCAUACGAACCAAAGCAUGACGCAAGCUAUCUAUGACAAAAACCUUGUUGAAUCUCGUAUCCACGCCAUCGAAGCCAGAGUCUAUUGUGAAAACCCCUCAGAAGGCUUCAAACCCAGUCCAGGCAUCCUACAGUUCGUGGAAUUUCCAAAUGAAGAAUGGCUUCGUGUUGACAGCUGGGUAUCGACGGGAACGGAAGUGACCCAAUUCUUCGACUCUUUGCUAUGUAAAUUAAUCGUGACCGGUUCAACACGAGAGCAAGCAGUUUCCCGAAUGCUUCAAGUAUUGAAAGCCUGCAAAGUCUUUGGCCCGCCGAACAACCUGGUCUACCUCGCUUCAAUAUGUGACAGCACUAUCUUUAGAGAAGGGAAGGCUACAACAAGAUUUUUAGAUCACUUUGAUUUCUCCCCAAGCGCAUUCACUGUCCUAUCAGCUGGUAUUGAGAUGACUAUCCAAGACCUACCCGGCAGGCGUAUCGGGCUAGGCAUCCCGCAAAGCGGCCCCAUGGACUCUCGGGCUUUCAGCGCAGCCAAUAUACUUACUGGUAACACACCGGAGACGGAAGCAUUGGAGAUCGUCGUCCUUCCCGGCGCCGGAUGCAAGCUGAAAUUCCACUGUUUCGCUAAUGUAGCGAUAACCGGCAGGCCGGCAACUGUCAAGAUCAACGGAGAGCAGGUUUCGAUGUGGGCUCGCCUCGUCGUCCCCGAAAAUGCGAUCCUUGAUAUUGCGGGCCCGCUAGGUCCUGGGUUCAGAGUAUAUCUAGCAGUCAGAGGUGGUUUCCCUGAAGUGCCAGAUUAUCUUGGAUCUAAGUCAACGUCGAUGGGCCUUGGAGGCUAUCAGGGAAGAUCGCUUAGAGUCGGCGAUCAACUUUCUUUAGGUUCGCAAUCAUCAUUAGAGCAAGAUGAAACAAGUCCAGUGGCCUUCUUACUUCCCCCAAACCUUAUCCCGGUUUAUCCUCAAGAUUGGGUCGUUCGAGUCUUGGCUGGACCACAUGACGAUGAGGAAAUUUUGACGCGUGAAGGAAACACCAAGUUUUACUCGACGAAGUGGUCUAUUGGUUCAUCAAGUAACAGAAUGGGGAUACGGCUGGAGAGCGAUCAAAGCAUAGAUUGGGCCCGUAACACUGGUGGCGAGGGUGGAUCUCACCCAAGUAAUAUUCUAGAUAACGGAUAUGCGUUAGGGACGAUUAACGUCAAUGGAGACACGCCCGUCAUCUUGACGAACGAAGGACCAGACAUGGGCGGGUAUGUCUGCCUGUGUACCGUUGCAACUGGGGAAAGGUGGAAGCUGGGGCAAUUGAGCCCUGGUAGUACGGUGACCUUUCGCAAGAUUUCGUGGCAGGAUGCACAAGCUUGUAUGAGAGCUCAGCUCAAAUGGAUCGAGGCUGUGCAGGCCGUUGUCGCCGGAUGUCAACCAGACAUGGACUUUGCAGACGGUGCUUUGGAAAGUAGGGAAUUAUCCGGAAUCCUGCACAGAAAUUUGCCAGGAAGUCUGAGACCUGUUGUAACGUUCCGGCAGGCUGGUGACUCUGCUAUUCUGGUAGAAUAUGGAGAUAUGCAUCUAGAUUUCGUUCUUCGAGCGCGCAUACACGCGCUAGAAUCGGAAGUGCGUAAGAGAAAGAUUAAAGGCAUGUGGACGUUUGCGCCAUGCAUUCGCUCCACGAUGUGCCAUUAUGAUCCAUCGGUGAUCUGCCAGGAUGAUGUACUCGCCAUCCUAUUAAACACGGAACGUUCAUUGCCAGAUUCCGCAUCAGACCUCCAUUUCUCCGGGCGCAAAAUCACGUUCCCGAUCGUACUCGACGAUCGAUGGUGUCGCGAUGCAUUGCAACGAUACAUGCAAACAUCCAGAAAUAGCGCGGUUUACUUACCCAGCAAUAUCGAUUACCUCGCGCGAAAUAAUGGUCUGGAGGGUGGUGUCGAUGAGGCGCUUCAGAAACUGAUGGAUUCUGCUUGGCUCGUUUUUGGCGUCGGAUUUUAUUUAGCAUGUCCUUUCUUAGUUCCGAUCGACCCGCGGUGCCGCCUGGUCGGGCAGAAAAUGAACCCUUCACGAACAUACACUCCAAAUGGAGCGGUCGGUAUCGCUGGUCCCGUGGCUGCCAUUUAUCCGGUUGUCUCGCCUGGAGGGUAUCAGCUGUUUGGGCGCACGCUUCCAGCUUGGCAGACGUGGGGAAAGGGACCUGAUUUUGCCUCCGAUCGACCGUGGCUGCUUCAGCCAUUUGACCAGGUCCUCUUCGAUCCCGUCAGCGAGGAACGCUAUCUCGAAAUUGAACAGGAAUUUAAUGCUGGACAGUACAAAUUCAAGAUCGAACCAGCGGUCUUUUCCAUGGCAUCGUACAUCACGUUCACUGACAGUAUACAACAUGACGUUGCGGAGUUUAAGCGGAAACAGGCUGAAGGAACAGCAAGAGAGGAAGCACGGGAGACUGAACUGUUGCGUGAAUGGCAAGCACAGAAAGCCAUGAAAGCCCCGCCUAUGUUAUUGGUGGAUGAUACAGACUUUGGACCUGGUAGCACGAGUGUCACUUCUUCUAUAUCAGCAUCAAUUUGGAAGAUCAAAUGCCGGCCUGGAGAUGUCAUACAAUCUGCUGAUGAUAUUCUGGUCAUCCUCGAAGCAAUGAAGACCGAGAUCAAUAUUCUUGCAGGAGAAGAAAAUGUUGGAAAGGUGGUGAAAAGCUUCGGUAAAGGGAUUAGGGAAGGAGCAAGUGUCCAAGCGGGGGACGCUCUCGCAUGGUUUGAAUAG